AUGUUAAACGCAAGGAAAGUGACAAAGAUAAUUCCUCUGGUCGGUCCUGUUAAGGAGAAAAUUGAAGAGCGAAAAUUGCCAACAGGUCGACAGGCAAGUGCAACGAGAACCCUACAAGCAGUCACGAAUGAGUGGGACUCAGCUGGAAUUCCAGUGAGAACGAUGAAAAGCUGUGUUGUGAAAUUAGAAACACUUUAUACGAAGUGGCAAAAUUUGAGAAAAAAUGCUAGUCGCAAGAGAUCUACUUCACAACGAAAUGAAGAAGAAAUUUUCCAGCAGAAUUUAGAUCUGUUGUUUGAUAUUUCACACAAGGAUGUAAUGAAUACCUUGACUGAGAAUCAGAAAGUAUUUUUUGUUUCUCAACGUGAUGGAAAACGCCGGGGUUUCCACUCAAUCAAUUCACCAACACCAUCAAGACCUCCAACAUCAGAUUACCAGGGGACCUCAACCACCUGCAAUGCAAAUUCUGUCAACGACUCCGAGUCACCAGUGAAUUCGUGUGAAGGGGAUGAUCAAGAAGAUGCAGAAACUCUUAGUCUGAGCCAGUCUACAGAAAGAGAUCUGUCAAUUUCUACCACAUGUACGAGUAAGUCAUGCUGUCCAGCUGAAUUGAAAAGAGUCCACUCCAGUUAUUCAGAUGAACUUGGUCAGCCUCCACCUAAAAAACGGAAAGAAAUCAUCGAUGAAGUAGCAUCUGUUUGUGACAGAAUAGGCAUUAGCAAUUCUGCAGCAAUGCUCUUUUCAAGUACGAUCAUCCGCAGUCUAGGGCUGAUUGUAAACGAUUACAAUCUCAGUUGUGCCACAUUUAGACGAAGGCGAAUGGCAUCUCGCAAAAAGACGGCCGAACAGCUGAAGAGCAGUCUUCAUACAGCGAAUGUCUUGAAUUUGCACUGGGAUGGUAAAUUGUUGCCCACAGUUGAUGGAGGUGAAAAAAUUGAGCGAUUACCAACCGUAGUGACUGGUCUUGCUAUAGACAUUCAUUGA